AUGCAACAAAUCUAUCUGAUGAUUUUCAAUAAGAACAAGACCACGCCGAUCUCUGUUCUAAUCGGUUGUAUUGCAUCUAUAAUUGCAGGAAUAUUUUUAUUAAUCAUUCGUUUCUUUCAAAAUACAGCAUUUGCAAUAUCAGGAUCAAUAUUAACACAACGUAUUCGUUCAAAAGCUUUUUCAUGUCUUCUUCGUCAAGAAGUGGCGUAUUUUGAUCGACCUGAAAAUAGUUCCGGAGCUAUUGAUUCUCGUCUCUCAUCAAAUGCUGCAGCAAGAUUAGGUAUCAUUUGUGAAGCUAUUGCUUUAGCUGUUUUUGGUCUCAUCUUUGAUUUGGCUGUCAAUUUACAAUUAACAUUAAUCGUCGUUAUACCAAUUUGUCUUGUAGUUACUACUGAAAUUAUUGAUAUACAAGUAAAAAUAAUGUUAAAAAAACGUUCCAAUGUUAUCCUUGAACGGGCGAAUACACUCGCUAUUGAUACUAUUCACAAUAUGCGAACAAUAAAACAAUUAUCUGUUGAAAAGGACGUUCUACUUCGAUAUCCCGAAUUCAUCUAUGAAGUAUUUAGGUGGAAAAAUUCUUCAUCUCAUCCGAUAUUUAUUUUCAUCGUUGUUCUUUGUGUUCGAAGAACAUGUGGAUCUCAUCAUCUUUCAAAUAUUCAUCUUCAAAAUUGGACAAAUCCAUGUGAACCAAAUCCAUGUCGAGCAGGAAUAUGUGAAUUAGUUUCGAAAUUAACAUUUAGUUGUCAUUGUAUUCCUUAUGUUCAUGGUUCUUUGUGUGAAAAAUUGAAUUAUACUCAAAAGCCAUGUGAAAGCAAUCCAUGUUACAAUCAGGGUUUAUGUUCACCAAUAGUUUCAUCAAAAGAUUUGUCAAAUCAAAAAGAUUUUGUUUGUUUAUGUCCAGCACGUCAUGUUGGACGAUUGUGUCAAGAAAAUGUUGGAGAAUGUUCGUGUUUAAAUGGAGGAACUUGUUAUCGAUCGAAUGAAGGGUAUAAAUGUGUUUGUCCAAUGUUAUUUACGGGCCCUUUUUGUGAACAUGAUCUACGAAAUACAACAUUUUGUACGCAUUCACCUUGUCAACAUAAUGGAACAUGUAUUUUAGUUCAAUCACCAGCUGGAAUUUGUCUAUGUGAACCGGGUUAUAUUGGAGAAUUCUGUGAAAAACGUGUUCCAUUUUGUCAAGAAAAUCCAUGUCGAAAUAAUGGAACAUGUGUCCCAUUAUCCGGUGUCGAUGGUCAAUGUCUUUGUCAACCAGGUUAUACAGGUCGUUUAUGUGAACAUCGUCAACGAACAUUCUGUUCACUUUCUCCUUGCCAAAAUGGUUCAACUUGCAUUGUAUUAAAUCAUACAGGCGAUGGAUUUUGUUUAUGUCCACCAGAUUAUGCUGGACCAUAUUGUGAAUAUAUUACACCAACUGCGUGUAAAAAGAAAUGUCAAAAUAAUGGAGGAAAAUGUGCAUUAGUUGAUAAUAAAUAUGGAAGAUGUUUAUGUCCAAAAGAUAUUACUGGACCAUAUUGUGAUACACCACUUCAUCCGUGUGCACCAAAUCCAUGUGAAAAUAAUGGUAUUUGUGUUCAUGAAACUAAAAGUCAAACAUAUAAAUGUUUAUGUACUUAUGGUUAUUCAGGCUCAAAUUGUUCAGAAAAUCUCAAUCAAUCGUUCUGUUCAUCCCAUCCGUGUAUGAAUAAUGGAACAUGUUUAGAGUCACCAACAAGUCCCGAUGGAAUUUGUCGAUGUGAACAAGGUUUUGGUGGAAAAUUUUGCGAUGAAAUUGUCAAAUGUGGUGAUCAACAAUGUCAAUAUCCUGAACAAGUUUGUUUAGCUGAUAGUUGUGUUAAUGUAACUGGCGAACUCUAUUGUUUGUUACAUGAAUGUCAACAUGGCGGAACAUGUGAUCCAAUUUCCCGACAAUGUUUAUGUCAAAAAGGUUUUGCUGGAAUUAAAUGUGAAUUAAAAAGUUUAUUUUGUGAUGAAACAAAUAAUAUUUGUCAAAAUAAUGGAACAUGUCUUCCAACACAAAAUACGUGUGUUUGUACAAAUUCUUUUACGGGUAAAUAUUGUGAAAUUAAUAUUGAUGUAGAAAUAAUUGAUUAUGAAUGA